AUGCGUCUCUCUCCGCUUGCGAUCCUUGCCGGGUUGGCAGCCCGUGGUUUGGCUGAAGAGGAGGCCAAUCCGAUAAAACCUUCGACGUUUAAUGGGAAAACGGUACCACCACUCAAGGAGUUGACGCCGGCCAACUGGGAGGAAGAAAUCAAGAAGAACAAAUUUCUGAUGGUGAAGCACUACAGUCCCUACUGUAAACAUUGCACAAGAUUCGCUCCGACCUUCCAGACCCUGUACGAAUUCUAUUAUACUUCGAAACCCCCGGUUGAAGACCCAGAUACCACAUUCACAAAGUAUUACGACUUGACGUUCGGUACCGUGAACUGCGUUGCCUACUAUGACUUUUGUAUGGAUCACAACAUCCAGUCAUACCCGACCUCGAUUCUGUAUGAAGACGGAAAGGUAUUCGAAACCCUGCGCGGAAUCAAGAACAUGACGACAAUGACUGGCGCGGUUGAGAAUGCGCUCGCCAAAACACACCCGGGUCGACCUGGGCUCACCGUAUUGCCCAAUCCUGGCGAUACCACGUACCCUUCCCCAGAGGCUGAUAAACAGGCUACGGAGCCUGUUGCUGAGAAGAAGGAAGCAGGAGCUCAGGGCGAUGCCAAGGCGCCAGUGGAGAAGCCUGCGGGUGAUGCUGAAAAGCCUCUCGAUACCGCACCUGAGCCAGCUGGUAAGAACGCAGGCAAGUCUCUCGACGAUGUCACCCAGAUGCCCAAGGAAGCGGAGAAGUCAGACAAGACCGACUCAACUGAGAAGCCAGCAGAGGAAUCUGUUGCUGCUAAAGCUGGUAGCCAAAACUCAUUUGGCGCUGACUGGAAAGUACCAAGCACUGGUCAAAUGCUCAAGAAGCCCAAGCCUAAGGACGACACACCCAAGUACAACCUAGAAGGUAUCAGUGCUCCUUUGACCCCAGACAACUUCGAUACCUUGGUCACGAACUCAAAGGACCCUUGGUUCAUCAAAUUUUAUGCACCUUGGUGCUCUCACUGCAAGGCAAUGGCUCCGACGUGGCAGCAAUUGGCCAAGAACAUGCAAGGAAAGCUCAACAUCGGCGAGGUCAAUUGUGAGGCGGACCAUAAGCUUUGCACGCAAAUGGGCGUUAAGGCGUUUCCUACUAUUCUCUUCAUGACUGGCGCAGAAAAGUCUGAAUACAAGGGUCUCCGUGGGGUAGGUGACUUUGUUACAUAUGCAGAGGGGGCGCUCGAAGUCGCUGGUGGCGUUUCCGAAGUCGACGCCGAAAGCUUCAAGGAGCUCGAAAAGACCGAGGAAGUCCUCUUCGUCUACUUCUAUGACCACGCCACUACGACAGAGGAUUUCAAGGCACUAGACGCUCUGCCACUUAACCUUAUCGGACGAGGCAAGAUUGUCAAGACAAAUGACCCUGCGCUAUGCUCCAGGUUUAAGAUCACAACUUGGCCCCGGCUCUUGGUCUCGCGAGAAGGACGUGCGACAUACUAUACUCCUAUCACCCCUGAUGAGAUGAGAGAUGUUGACUCGUUGGUCUCCUGGAUGAAGUCAACAUGGCUUCCACUUGUUCCUCAAUUGACCGCCGUCAACGCCAAGCAGAUCAUGAGCCACAAGCUGGUUGUGCUCGCCAUCCUCAAACGAGAUGAUGAGGACCGUCUGCAGAACUCGAUCUCCGAGCUAAAGAAUGCUGCCAAUGAAUGGGUUGAUCGCCAAGUCCAAGAAUUUCAACUCGAGCGUAAGAGGCUUCGAGAUGCUAAGCAGAUGCGAAUCGAGGAGGCUCAGAGCCGGGAUGACCAGCGAGGUCUUCGCAAUGCCAAGGCUAUCAAGAUCGACAUGGACUCUACCCGCCGUAAGGAGGUUGGCUUUGCCUGGGUCGACGGUAUUUUCUGGCAGAGGUGGAUUGCCAGCACAUACAACAUCGACGUGAGAGAUGGUGAGCGAAUCAUCAUCAACGAAGAAGACCGACACCAGUUCUGGGACACUACCCCUACGGGUAAUCAGAUCAUGAUUAGCCACACCUCCAUCAUGGAUACUCUUGAUAAGAUUGUCUAUGGUCCCAACCCCAUUUCUCCCAAGUAUACCAUUGGCUCUUUUGCCAAAUUCUUCUUCGACAUCAAGAUGAACUUUGUCGAUCAUCCAUUUUUGUCCUUGGGCUUCGUUAUUGCUGUUGCUUUCGGUGCCUACACUUGGUUCCGCAACCGCACCCGACGGUCUCGCGGCACCUUCUUCCGCAUGGAUGACUCCAUGGGUCUCAAGGAUGGACUUCUGGGACAGAAUAGUAACGCCAAGUCUGACUAA